AUGAACGUCGUGGCUUUUCUCCGCCAUGGCCUGCGCCUGCUGGUGCCGCUCUCGGUAGCUUUCACACUCUACCUCUACCUCUUCCCCGUCAUCCAAGGAUGCGCAUUCCCCGUCGAGUCGCGCGAUAGCCACGAGGCGUACUCCCUGACGAAAAAGUUCCAUUGGCCUUCGAAGCCUUCCGUCGACGAUCAUGCGAAGCUUGCGCCCUUUCGACUGCUUGCGCUGGGCGAUCCCCAGUUGGAGGGCGACACAUCGAUUAUUACAAACUACCUGGGCACGUUCCCCCAUAUCAAGGCCGCCUACAAAAAGGUGACUUUUCAGACGAGCCAUUGGUGCUUCCGCGAGCGAGUUCGACAGAUUAUUCAUGAUAUCGUUGAUGUUUUCAUGGAGGAUCUUCCUUACUGGCUCAUGUCGCAGCGCAAACGGUUCGAUCUUUGGGGCAACGACUUUUACCUGGCGCAUAUCUACCGUCAAGUAAACUGGUGGACCAACCCUACCCACGUGUCGGUGCUGGGCGACCUCGUCGGUAGCCAGUGGAUCGACGACAAGGAGUUUGAGAAGCGAGGCCGACGGUUCUGGAACCGCGUGUUUAAAGGAACCGAGAGGCUUUCGGACGACCUGGCGAAGUACCCGAGUGUCAAUUACACAGUGUCUGGAGUUUUGGAUGGUAGCGAGGAAGAGAAGGUUUGGAAGAAGAGGAUGAUGAAUGUGGCAGGAAACCACGAUAUUGGAUACGCUGGUGACUUGACCGAGGAGCGAUUGGAGCGCUUUGAACGGGUUUUUGGAAAGACAAACUAUGAGCUUCGUUUUGAGCUGCCCAUUACGGAUCCUGAGACGGUGGCUACGCUGUACUCUGACGAAAACCCCGAUUCUACAAGGGUGAUUCCUCAGCUGCGCAUCAUUGGUGUCAACGAUAUGAACCUCGAUACACCGGCCAAGUCUCUUCCUCUCCAGGAUGCUACGUACGGCUUUAUCAACAGCGUCAUUGGGACUUCUGGCGCUGUGCAGUACAAGGGAGAGUUUACCCUUAUUCUCACGCAUAUUCCUAUGUACAAGCCCGAGGGUAUUUGCGUUGACGCACCGCUCUUUGACUUCCACACCACAGCCGAUGGUGGAGGUCUCAAAGAGCAGAACCAGCUCAGCGUUGAUGCCACCCGCGGUUUCUUGGAGGGUAUGUGGGGUAUGAGCGCAAAGAGCAAUGCUCCCGGCAAAGGCUACGGCCGUCCUGGUCUGAUGCUCAACGGCCACGACCACGCAGGUUGCGACACGUACCACUACAUCAACCAAACAAAUGGAACAGACCCCUCGCAGCGCUCAUGGCAAGUCGCUACCUGGUCCGACGCCCAGGCACAGCAGAUCCCAGGCAGCGAGGGCAUCCCCGGUCGUCGCGAGAUCACGGUGCGCAGCAUGAUGGGCGAUUUCGGUGGAAAUGCCGGCCUGCUGAGUCUGUGGUUCGACCAAGAGACGUGGGAGUGGAAAUUCGAGUAUGCUACGUGCCCGCUUGGCAACCAGGUCUUUUGGUGGUUCACCCACAUUUGGGAUGUCUGCGUGUUGGUCUGGGUGGCGCUGUACGCCGUGCUGUCGAAUCUCGAGGGUCGCGGUGUUGAUGUGGAUGGUCGCUUCUACAAAGGCGUUGCGAGGACGAGGGACUUUGUGCUCCGGAGACGAACAAGGGAAGAGAAGAGAACUGUGACGAAGGAGUGA